AGCACUCUACGCAUAGCCACCCACCCCGCCCACCUACAGCCUACGUAUCACACACUUUUUUUGUCCGCCGGCCGCGGGCCGCCAGAGGCGACAUGCGGUGCUCCGUGCGGGCCCUCGUCCUGCUCUGCUGCUGCGCCGACCGGCGCGCCACCGCCCUCUCCGCCAGGAGCUCGGACCUCGACCAGGAGCUCAGCAGUCUCUUCGACAGCGGCAGCGCCGACACCAACUCCAGCACCCUCGCCGCCCGCGGGGCCACGCCAGCCGCCUCGUGGACCAGUCUGGGCUCGGGAGACUGUCUCACCUCCUCGGGGGUGACCCCCCUGCGCUACUACAACGGCGCUGCGGGAGGCGCCAUGAGCGACGACGAGUGCAAGGCUGCCUGCGAGGGGUUCUCGUGGUGCGAGGCGCUCUCACGGAACAAUCACCAUGUGUGUGGAGGCAAGUGUUGCGUUUUGUACGUCGGCUACGGCGGCCCCGAUCCAGGGGUCAUUUCCGAUUGGAGCCAGCAGUUUCUUGGCAACCCCACGAACAUCGGGGAUACGACGGCGGGGUUUUCAUUACCAGUGGGCUGCACCAGGAUCACCCGCCCGGCGUCUGCUUCCGCAGUUGGAGAUCCGCAUCUGCAAAACAUCUACGGACAGCGCUUCGACCUGAUGAAGACAGGCAGGCACGUUCUCAUCAACGUCCCAAAGGGAAACGUUGAGAACACGCUGCUUCGAGUAGACGCAGACGCGGAGAGGUUGGGUGGACAGUGUGCUGACAUAUAUCCAAACUGAACGUCACAGGGGCAUGGGCGGAGGCUAAACGCCCCGGCGGUUUUCGCUUCCACGCGCAGGGCGGUGGCGGUGAGCGCCCUCAGUGGCUCAGUCUGGGGAACGUUCAGUUGAAAGUCGCCCAUGGGCGCACGCCCGAAGGCACCGGUUUUUUGAACUUUUACGUCAAGAACCUGGUGCGCGCAGGGUUUCCCGUCGGAGGCUUGCUAGGCGAGGACGAGCACGGCGCAGAGCAGAUUCCUCCGGAGGAUUGCCACAGGCGCAUCGAUCUGCGACAUUUAGCGCCUUAGACGUGAUCGGCAUGGCGCAUCGUUCUGCCACAUUCAGCGAAUAACCUUGCGACGUUCAACCCCCCCACUGGGGAAGCUUCCAGCAUGUGGGGCCCGAGAUCGUUAUAUAAUGCGCGAUCUCCGUGGCGAAAUAGCUGGAAACCAAACUUUUGCUGAUUUUGUCAUCGGCGCCUCGCCGUACGUUUGCGCUGUCCGUAAAAAUUUUGCCUGUCGCCUCUCAAGUCUCAGGGCUGCAGGAGCCUUGGGACACUCCACUACGUGCUGAAGGCA